AAGCCUAACAUGCCUCUUUCUCCUAGAAAUAAGCACCUUUAAUGGAACCAUUCUCAUAAAGACAUUUGUUUCAGUUUGACCAUAACUUUCACCUAUGGCUUUUUCUCCUUAAAUUCUCCUUCACCUGCCCCUUCUUUCACCCCAUUCACUUCUCUUUUACACCUCUCUCUCUUUCUCUAGUAUACAUGCAUUGUGAGGUUUACAGUUAAGUCAAAGAGCAAAAGAGAAAAGGAAAAUGAGAGCUUCAAGUGAGUUUUUGGCUACCUUGGUUCUUGUGCUGGUUUCGGUUUCUUCAGUGGCUCAUGGAGAUCCCCUUGUUCCUGCACUCAUCAUCUUUGGGGACUCGGUUGUUGAUGUGGGGAAUAACAACAAUCUCAACACACUUAUCAAAUCAAACUUUCCACCAUAUGGAAGAGAUUUUGUUAAUCACAGGCCAACUGGAAGAUUCUGCAAUGGAAAACUUGCUACAGAUUUCACUGCUGAGUACCUUGGGUUUACUUCAUACCCACCGGCUUACCUUAGUCGAGAUGCCAUAGGAAAUGCUCUCCUGACUGGAGCCAAUUUUGCUUCAGCUGCCUCUGGUUUAUAUGACAGUACUGCAAACCUAUAUCGUGCCAUAACAUUGACCCAGCAGUUAAACUACUACAGGGAGUACCAAACGAAACUGGUGAACAUGGCAGGAAACAAUGGAGCCAACAACAUAAUCUCUGGUGCCAUACAUCUUUUGAGUGCAGGAAGCAGUGAUUAUAUUCAGAACUACUACAUCAAUCCUCUAGUUAGCAGAAUCUAUACACCCGAUCAGUUCUCUGAUAUUCUCAUAAGAUCCUACACUACUUUCAUUCAGAAUCUGUAUGGACUGGGAGCAAGGAGGAUUGGAGUGACAACCUUACCACCAACGGGUUGUUUACCUGCAGCCAUCACCCUAUUUGGUGCUGGAAGUAAUCAGUGUGUUGCAAGGUUAAACCAAGAUGCCAUUGCCUUCAACAAUAAACUGAACAGCACGUCACUAAGCCUACAGGACAGAUUGCCUGGUCUCAAACUUGUGGUCUUCGACAUAUACCAGCCUCUCUUGGACAUGGUUACAAAGCCUAGUGAUAAUGGUUUCUUUGAGUCAAGAAGAGCUUGCUGUGGAACAGGUACACUAGAGACCUCCUUGCUUUGCAAUUCCAGGGCCCUAGGGACAUGCUCCAAUGCUACAUCAUAUGUAUUUUGGGAUGGAUUCCAUCCCUCCGAAGCAGCUAACCAGGUCUUGGCAGGCGAUUUGCUAGCACAGGGAGUGUCCCUCAUAUCUUGAAGCUAUGUCAUAGGAAGGGGGUAAAAGGAAAAAAGAAAAAGGAAAACACUAUUACCUGUUCCUGUAAUCUUCUCAUAUGGAGGAUAUUGACAUUACUAUUAGUCUAAAAUAUGUACUUCGUUGGUACGACUGUUUUAAUAGGAUAUUUUCACAUGUAAAAACUCCUUAUUUAUGCUUUUAGCAGGGGUAUAUCGCAGCAUUUCUGCCAGGGAAGUUAAUUUAUUGAUCCUUGCCUCAAUAAAAAAUGAUAUGGUUGCUUUGUGAAUAA